AUGGAUAAUCCUCUGGCAGAACCAUCAAUCUCCGGUGGCGGCCUCCAGAAGCGGCUGUUGCAGGAUAUUGACGAGCUUUGUCGCAAGCCAUACCCAAAUAUUGAACUGCACGUUAAUGGCGAAGAUCUUACACAUCUUUGCUUGAUUCUCUCGCCAAUUGCCAGAGAAAAGCUGCAUCUUACCAUUGACGGUCUCAACUGGUUCCCGCUCCGUUCGCCAAGAGUAAGAAUGGAUACAAAUGUCGUCCACCCAAAUGUCAUAGGUCACUACAUUUGCGCGUCCAUUCUCAAUACUGCCGAGGGCUAUACUCCAGCCUAUACGUUGAAAACUAUCGCCAUUCAACUUUUGAGUUUCUUCAGCAGUGACAACAUUGAACAGAGCUACCCUGGUGAGCACGUCAACCUGGAAGAAUAUCGCAGGAAUGCCCUCCGCUCUGGUCGGGACAAGUGGGGUCCAGUCCGUCGGGAGGAUCCUUUCAGUUGCCAUAAGUGUCACUUUGGCGAAGCCCAAGUACUAGCUAAGAGGGAAAUCCCUGGAGCUACUUAUGUUUCAAACGCACCCGGGAAGAGAUCGAGUAGACGCAAGAAGACCGGCGUCGCGACACAAAGCUCAUCCGCCCAGAGCACGAAUGGUUCGCCUAGCUCUGGCGACUCACUCAGCCACCCACGCAUUGUGGAACUCAGUCGUGAUCUCACUAUGCAAAUCAGCAAAAUCCCCAACGAGAUCCUGCUGAUCAUUCUUAAGAAGAUUGAAGACUUUGAGGACCUCACCAACUUUGCUCGUGCAUGGCCCCGUCGGGAACUCCAAUGUUUUGUGUUGAAAAAGUCGUACCGAGAAGUCGACCUUGGCGUAGGUGUCCACGGCAACAACGAGGGGAUCAGCUCUGAGUUCGACCUUCUGUCACACGAGGCUUUCCUUCAACAUGCAAUUCGGCAUUCGGUUCAUAGAGUUUACUUCGACUGUUGGCUUCCUCUGCCCAUUUCACGACCACAUUGGCGCCGGGUUAGACUCAAUGCCCACCAGUCAUUGGAAAGGAUGAAAGCAUAUCAAUGCAUCAAAUUUGAACAGCCCACAAACGCACAGGUCUUGUACCAGUUUAUGACGGAGAUUGUCAUUAGACUGAACAACGUGGAAGUCGAUCGCCGGGGCCGCCACAAUUCUAAGUCUACUCUAAGACAUGCAUCAGACAAGGCCAUCGAGUCAUACUUUCACCUCUUCCAUCUUCUUGUCUGCCUCGCCUCGGAAGAUAUUACCAUAGUGCGCACGGCAAACCGAUUACUCGUUCGAUUCCAAGGAGGUCGGCGAUCUAAGACUGACGUCCCCAACCUCGGCCACCUUCUCGUCGCUAUGCUCAUUAGCGAUGUCGAAGUCACACCCGAGUUACGCAAGGCUAUCGUGACCGAGGCCAUUACACGCAACGUGGUUUGGAUGCUCAAGUCCAAACCGCAGCUUGCCUACAAAGAACCGGAUGAAGUCUCAGCCUACCGUCUUAACAAAACCUUUGAGGUCUCGCGCACCUCUUACCGUCUUCUCAUGUUCUCCGAGCUUUUCCGCCGGACCGCGCGGCCCAAUCAUGAGCCGCUCAGCGUCAUUCGUGAACAACUUUUUGACAGGCAUGGUGGCCCGCCCCAGGGUGCAGCAAGUCAUGUCGCAGCAGAAGUCCGGAGGUUACAUGGUGUGAAUGAUUUCACGCAAUUUAUGCGUGAGAUGGGCUUCGCAGCUGUGCCCACUGCAGCCAGCUUCACUAGCUUUUUGCGCCGUACCAUGGACGAGAGUGUGAAGGAGGGCUACUCAAAAGAGCCCCUUUCCCAGGCGCUGGCACUGGCUCUUCGACUGCCGUUCGAUCCCACGGUUGGUGUUAGGCCGGAGCUGAGGACCAUUGAUGAGAGCGUUGCGAUAUAUCUGGUUGAUAUUGUGGGUGCGCUGAAAGAAGCGAAUGCACUUCUAUUUCUCACAUGGCCUGAGGCUGAAAAAUUGCCAAGGUAUGUUUGA